AUGCCUCUCACAAGUCACCAUGUCGGUGGAACAAGUCACGUUGGAAGAAACGUAGACACAGGGCUCGUAAAUGACACUCAGUCCACGACACCGAGCGCAAUAGCGGAUGGGGCAACCCAAUUCACGGCAGAGUUUCUUACCCAGCUGCCAAGACCCGGAGCAGGCAUCGCGAAUCCAGCAGGCGAUCUCGUUUUCGUCCCCGUAAGCCAGUAUUCGCAUGCGGACAAAAAGACCUACAAAUGUGUAUACAUUGUGUCACUAGUCGCACGCGUCCCGCCUCUCAAGGUUCCUGUUGAAGAGCCAGGCGACGCAUUCUGGCUCGACUCUCGUACACUUGCUCAUAUAUCCGAGACUGGUGAAGAGAAGAAGAAAACCAAAGAGCUUUAUGCAUUAUCGCUAGCGUUUGAUGCUGGAGUUGAUGGUGAUGCUUUGAAGGCCUCAGAACCGUCGGUUCUAGUGGGUUCAUUCCCAACGACCACUGUCGCUAACUUCCGUUACUCUCGAGCUGCAGAAAGACUAGUACUCUCUGCCUAUGUUUAUCCUGAUGGUGAUAUCUCAGCUGUCAAGGCAAAAGACGAUGCAUGGGAAAACAGGGGUACCACAGCCUUGGUGUACGAUAACACUUACGAGAGACAUUGGGAUAAAUAUGUAGGGCCUAAGGAAUCUUCACUUUUCACUGUGUCACUCCAUAAAGACAGUCAAAGAAAGUGGGUACUCGGUGACGAUUACGUGAAUGCUCUACAAGGAACGAAGAAUCACUGUCCAGUGGAGCCUUUUGGUGGAACCGACGAUUUUGAUGUCUCUGAUAGUCGCAUCGUUUAUACCACAAAAGAUGCCUCUUUACCAAUGGCUAUCCACACGAAACAAGAUAUAUUUUUGGUGGACUUCACGGGAGAAAAUUUAAAAGAGCUGACAUCUGGAAAUCAAGGCGCUACACAUAAUCCAGUCUUCAAUAAGCAAGCCGACAAGGUUGCAUGGUUAGAGCUCGAUGAAGAUGGCCAUGAAGCUGAUCGAUCUAAGAUAGUACUCUACGAUCUUCAAAAAGAUAUCAGGUUCACGCUUACGCCCGAUUGGGAUCGAUCGCCUAGUACAUUAUCUUUUUCGACCAGUGGUGAUCAUCUCUACUUAAUUGCCGGCGAAUAUGCCAGGGACAAGAUUUUUGUACUUCCAGUUCCACCGACACCGGAACAAUCCUCUACCAAACCUGAGCUCGAGUCUAGAUUCACGACGCCAAUAGCUCUAACCGAUCAUCACAGUGCUUUGGAUAUCCAAGUCCUAUCUAACAAUCGCCUUCUCUUCACCAUGAACUCGUUUACCGCUCCGAAUGAUGUCUAUGUGCUUAACGGUCUAGACCGCAUUGAAUCGGAUAUUCAGAGUCAAGUCUCGAGCAUAUAUCGGGGAGAAUUGGACCGUUGCACACAGCUUACGACAGACAAUAUGAAAGGCCUGAAUUUGCCAGAUGGUGAAGAGUUUUGGUUCAAAGGUGCCAAUAAUAAAGACGUUCAAGGGUGGUUGUUCAAACCAAGAGGCUGGAAAGAAUCUGACAAGAAAAAGUGGCCUAUACUCAUGAUGAUUCACGGAGGUCCCCAGUGGGCUUGGAAAGAUAACUGGUCCGCACCCAACUGGAAUCACAUUUUGUUCGCUGAACAUGGCUAUUUCACAAUCGCCAUGAAUCCUACAGGCUCGACUACGUUCGGUCAAGAAUUCACCGACAGCAUUACCGGAGACUGGGGAGGAAAACCAUUCGUUGACAUGCAGAAUGGGUUCAAAUACAUACUAGAUAAUUAUCCACAGAUUGACCCAGAACGGGCUGUUGCAGCUGGCGCAAGUUGGGGAGGUUAUGCUAUCAACUGGAUUCAAGGUCACCCAGAACUAGGUUUCAAUUUCAAAGCAAUGGUGAACCAUGAUGGGAUCUUUGACUUUGAGUAUGAUCAGUAUUCAACGGAUGAACUCUUCUUCUUCAAUCACGAAGCUGGUGGGCUGCCUUGGGAUAGCAAAGGGAAGGAGUUUUUAAAGAAGUAUGAAGCAUGUCCCUUAUUCGAAUGGGACACAUUUUUUACUAAAAGUAUCAGGUUCAACCCUACAAACUUCGUUCACAAGUGGGCAACGCCGACGCUUUUCUUCCAUGGAAGCAAGGAUUAUCGCCUCCCUGAGACUGAGAGUAUUGGUGCAUGGCAUGCUCUACGACAGCUUGGGGUUCCUAGCCGACUUGUAAUAUUCCCCGACGAGAUUCAUGGUACGCUGAAUGGCGGCAACGUUAUCAAAUGGCACGAGGAGACGUUCAAGUGGUUGGAUCAGUACGUCGGAUUGAACACAUAG